UUUUUUUUUCUCUAUAAUGACCUUGUUGACCGGGCAGAAGAUUAUUGAAGAGGUUGGUAAUCAAUAGCUUCCUUUAUCUGGUGUUGUUGUGUCUGGAGGAUCACUCUGCCACAGGGGAGAAAGCAGACAGCAGCUUCUGUGUGUGUUAAGGACGGCCCACUGGGCGGAGCUUCCCCGCUUCCUUAUAUGGAGGAAGGCAGGUCACAUGGUCGGGCCGGUGUCAAAGAGAUAGGAACACAACUGAGAACUCUGAACCACAGCUCAAACAAGCCAGCGCAGAAGAGGAGGAGAGGCAGAUAAAGAGACAGACAGACAUCUCGCAUGGUGAGAAAAUGCCCAUCAACUUCACCGUGGUCCCUGUGGAUGAUGGCAGAAAGUCCUCUCAGGAAGAUUCGGAUGACAACAACGCCCUGCAGGAGGAGGAUGAAGAAACAUUAGGUGAUGGAAACCCAAGGGAUAGCCGACCCUUCAUCAAUAACACCGAUGAUGAUAAGGGAACUCUAUAUGAUAGGAAAAACAUGGCACUUUUUGAGGAGGAGAUGGACAGCAAUCCCAUGGUGUCUUCGCUGCUCAACAAACUGGCCAACUACACGAACCUCACGCAGGGCGUCCGGGAACACGAGGAGGCCGACGAGGACGAAGGUGCCAAGAAGAAAACAGUCAAGAGUCCACAGAUGGGGACGUUUAUCGGGGUCUACCUGCCCUGCCUGCAGAACAUCCUGGGAGUGAUUCUCUUCCUGCGAAUGACGUGGAUCGUGGGAACGGCGGGAAUCCUGGAGUCCUUUAUCAUCGUGUCCAUGUGCUGCUCGUGUACAAUGCUGACAGCCAUAUCGAUGAGUGCCAUUGCUACGAACGGUGUUGUUCCAGCUGGAGGCUCGUACUACAUGAUCUCUCGCUCUCUGGGCCCUGAGUUCGGAGGCGCUGUGGGUCUGUGUUUCUAUCUGGGCACCACAUUCGCCGGCGCCAUGUACAUCCUCGGGACAAUCGAGAUCUUCUUGACGUACAUCGUGCCCAGUGCUGCCAUCUUUAAGGCGGAGGAGAAGGAGCAGGAGGCGGACGCUCUGCUGAAUAACAUGCGUGUGUACGGGACGUGUUGUCUGACGCUCAUGGCUCUUGUGGUGUUCGUCGGUGUGAAGUACGUCAAUAAGCUCGCGCUGGUCUUCCUGGCCUGUGUGGUGCUGUCCAUCCUGGCCAUCUAUGCCGGGGUCAUCAAAACCAUCUUCGAACCUCCGGUUUUUCCGGUCUGUUUGUUGGGCAGCCGCACGCUGCAGAACCACGGCUUCGACAAGUGCAUGAAGACAGAAAUAAUAGACAACGUGACCGUGACCACGCAGCUCUGGUCUCUGUUCUGUGAAGGUCCAGAGCUCAACGCCAGCUGCAAUGAAUACUUCAUCCUCAAUAACGUCACGGAGAUCCAGGGCAUCCCCGGCCUCACCAGCGGAGUCAUAGCAGAGAACAUGUGGGGAAGCUACGGUCCCGCUGGGAUGCUGGUGGAGAAAGCCGUGCCCUCGGUGCCGGCGGGCGACGCGUCUCAGGACGUAUACAUGCCGUACGUCGCCAAUGACAUCACCACCUUCUUCACUCUGCUGGUGGGAAUCUACUUCCCCUCCGUCACGGGUAUCAUGGCUGGAUCCAACCGAUCCGGGGAUCUGAGAGACGCUCAGAGGUCUAUUCCCAUCGGCUCUAUUCCCAUCGGCACCAUCCUGGCCAUCGCCACCACCUCCAUCAUCUAUCUGUCCUGCGUGGUGGUGUUCGGAGCCUGCAUCGAGGGUGUGCUGCUCCGAGACAAGUUUGGAGACUCUGUUAAAGGGAAUUUGGUGAUUGGCACGUUGUCCUGGCCCUCUCCCUGGGUGAUCGUGUUUGGCUCGUUCUUCUCCUGCUGUGGGGCGGGGCUUCAGAGUCUCACCGGCGCCCCCCGGCUGCUGCAGGCCAUCGCGCGGGACGGCAUCGUGCCCUUCCUCCAGGUGUUUGGUCAUGGGAAGGCUAACGGAGAGCCGACCUGGGCUCUUCUUCUGACGGCUGUGAUCUGUGAGAGCGGGAUCCUCAUCGCUUCUCUGGACGCCGUGGCUCCGAUCCUGUCCAUGUUCUUCCUCAUGUGUUAUCUGUUCGUGAAUCUGGCCUGUGCUCUGCAGACGCUGCUGAGGACGCCCAACUGGAGACCGAGAUUCAGAUACUAUCACUGGGCUCUGUCGUUUCUGGGCAUGAGUUUGUGUCUGGCUCUGAUGUUCAUCUCCUCCUGGUACUACGCUCUGGUGGCGAUGCUCAUCGCUGGAUGCAUCUACAAAUACAUCGAGUACCGCGGAGCGGAGAAGGAGUGGGGCGACGGGAUCCGCGGUCUGUCACUCAACGCUGCACGAUACGCUCUGAUCCGAUUGGAGGAGGCACCGCCACACACCAAAAACUGGAGACCUCAGCUGCUGGUGCUGCUCAAUCUGGACUCGGAGCUGUCGGUCAAACAUCCUCGUCUCCUGUCCUUCACCACGCAGCUGAAAGCAGGGAAAGGUCUGACCAUCGUGGGCUCGGUGCUGGAGGGAACGUUCCUCAGAAGAGAGAGCGACGCCAAGAGAGCAGAACAGAGCAUCAAAUCAGCCAUGUCUGCAGAGAAGACCAAGGGUUUCUGUCACGUGGUGGUGUCCUCAAACCUGCGCGACGGCUUCUCUCACCUCAUCCAGUCAGCAGGACUCGGAGGAAUGAAGCACAACUCUGUUCUGAUGGCUUGGCCGGCGAGCUGGAGACAGUCCAGCGACCCACAGUCCUGGAGGAACUUCAUAGAAACGGUCCGAGAGACCACCGCCGCACAUCAAGCCCUGCUGGUGGCCAAGAACGUGGACAGCUUCCCUCACCAGGAGCGUCUCGCGGAGGGAACCAUCGACGUGUGGUGGAUCGUUCACGACGGAGGCUUGUUGAUGCUCCUGCCGUUCUUACUGCAGCAGCACAAGGUCUGGAGGAAGUGUAAGAUGCGCAUCUUCACCGUGGCUCAGCUGGACGACAACAGCAUCCAGAUGAAGAAAGACCUGCAGAUGUUCCUCUAUCAUCUCCGGCUCAAUGCUGAGGUGGAGGUCGUGGAGAUGCACGACAGUGACAUCUCAGCGUUCACCUACGAGAAGACUCUGGUGAUGGAGCAGCGCUCUCAGAUGCUGAAGCAGAUGCAUCUGUCGAGGACGGAGCGCGAGCGAGAGAUUCAGAGCAUCACGGAUGAGUCGCGUAGCUCCAUUCGGAGGAAGAACCAGAGCGGCGCUCACGGCUCGGCCGUCAAUAACCAGAACGCCUGUGUAGAUGACGAUAAACAAGACGAGGCUCAGCUGAUCCACGACAGAAACACGGCGUCUCACGCGGCUCUAAACGAGAAGAGCGACGCCACGCCGGAGCGAGUCCACAUGACCUGGACCAAAGACAAGUUCUGCACCAAGCGAACACGCAGAGAGCCCAACGCCAGCAAAGCUGUACGAGAUCUGUUCAACAUGAAGCCCGAAUGGGAGAGUCUGAAUCAGUCUAAUGUGCGCUGCAUGCACACGGCUGUCAGACUCAAUGAAGUGGUGGUGAAUAAGUCUCAGGGAGCUCAUCUGGUGCUCCUCAACAUGCCUGGACCCCCCAAGAGCAGAGGCGGCGACGAAAACUACAUGGAGUUUCUGGAGGUUUUGAUGGAGGGUCUCAACCGGGUCCUGUUGGUGCGCGGCGGCGGUCGUGAAGUCAUCACCAUAUACUCAUAAAGCGGACCGUGUCCCGGUUUUUAUUUUCCCCAAAACAAAACUGGACGUCUUGGAGAAAGCCAGCGGCGUUACGUCCGGAUGCGUUCGUUAGAGAAAGAGACUCAACAUGAAGGAAACGAGACGAGAGACGUCUCGAUUCACAACACGACACUUUAAUUUAUGACUCUUACUGUUUUCUUUGAUUUGUUCGUAAAAUAUGUGCUAGUUUUAUGUCUGUUUAUUGUGCAACUCGAAAGGCUAAAACGUUCAGCGGUUUUAAUCGACACAAAAGCAGGAAACAUUUGAGUUGUAAUGCCUGUUUAAUAUUGAUUAAUUUGUCUCCAUUACGAACUUGCAUUGCUUUGUUGUUUGCGUAUGUUAGCUACGAUUCAAAUCACUUUAGACCCAAAAUUACAUCUAGCUUCAGUGAACAGGGUUCGAAAACAAGUGUUUGUGCUGUUUGGCAUAUCCAAGACGCGAAAACGCACUUUUUACGAUAUCAUAGGAACGUUUUAGUUUUUUUACAUUGGAUAAUUUUAACAAUAAUGAAUGUGUCGGGAGACGUUACUGACUUCAUGAUACGGAUUGUGCAAUAACUUGUAUUCCUUAUCAAGGCAUCACUUGUCGAACAUACCGAGGGUUUUAUAUUAUAAAAGUUGAAAUGUUUAACGCAAACAGCGUUCAAGAAGAAAAGCCAUAAUGUUUGAUCUCAUUAUUGAGCACUGAGGCUUUGUUUUGGCUCCAUCUCGGCAUUAAUCGCUGAAAUUAGUUUAAUCAGGAUAAUCUCAGCUGUAUUUGCACUUUUUAUUUGAUUUAUUUUUCGUAAAUUGUAUGAUGAAAGCACACGGCACGGCUGACCCGUCAGAACCAGCACUUCAAAAUCUCUUUCUCUCAGCAAUAAAUGUGUUUUCCGAUGAGCUGGAAUGAAAUUUAGUUUCUGUCUUGACAUUUUAUGAUGAUACUAUGAGUUGUUAACCGUGGAGAUUGCUUAAAUUAAACGGCAUUUAUAUUAAAGUAAUGUUCAAAAGCAUUCAGUUAAUGAUAGUAAUCUGUUAGGAUUGCAGGUUACGCGUGUUAUUCCUAGUGGCAUCAAAGGGAAUUGCAGCUUGUUUGUUUGAGUGACAACUGAGCUGGACAUUCACUCAACCAAUAGAGUUAAUUUGGGGGCGGGGCUAUUGGUUUCUGACCAAUAGCUAAUAGUGGGAGUGUUUAAAAUUUGUUUGAAUACAAUGAUUAUGUUUCGAAAUGACACACUUCAACAGGUUUAGGAACUAUUGUGUUAGGACAAUCACAAAGCAAUGUUAGCUAGAUCUACAUUUUAUUUUUAUUGUUGUUUUUUUUAUAAUUUUUUUUUUUUACACCGUGUCCUUAUCAGAUGAUACAGUGACAAGCAGUAAGCCAUAUCUGACCUACGAACCGUCUCAUUGGUCCAAAAUCACUGCAUAUUAAACAGCUGUUGUAUUCUGAUUGGCUGCGACUUUGCUGGAUUUUUUCUGUUUUCUGCAUUCAUUCAACUUGGUCAGGACACGGUGUCACAUAUAAUGUAUAUUAUAAAAAAUAAAUAUGCUUUUAUUCAGCAAGGAUGCAUUAAAUGAAUCAAAAGUCACAGUAAAGCCAUCUAUAAUGAUAAAAAAAUAUUUAUAAUUCAAAUAAAUGCUGUUCAUUUGAACUUUCUACUGAUCAAAGAAUCCUGAAAAAUAAAAUAUAUCAGUUUCCACAAAAAUAUGAACUGCAUUCAACAUUGAUAAUAAUCAUAAAUGUUUCUAGAUCAGCAUAUUAUUCUGAUUUCUGAAGAUCAUGUGACACUGAAGACUGGAGGAAUGAUGCUGAAAAUACAGCGGAGCAUCACAGAAAUAAAUUGCAGUUUAAAAUAUAUUCACAUAGAAAACGGUUAUUUUAAAUUAUAAUAAUAUUUGACAUUUUCCUGUAUUUUUGAUCAAAUAAAUGCAUCCUUGUUGAACAUAAGAGACUUCAAAAACACUGAAACAUCUUACCGACCCCAAACUUUUAAACGGUAACAUCUGAUGAUUCAGAAUUACAGGAAGAUGUGUGCCAAAAAUGAAUGAGAAGAAACUGCAGAAGGUCAAAGAGCCUCAGCUGAUGCUCCUUCAGUAGCUCUGAGAUGCUCAAGGUCCUGAACGUUUCUUUGUAACCUGUAAGCGGAGCAGUAUUUUGUAACCAGGAUGUUAUUACUGUAUUUUUCUAAAGUGUGAUGUGAUGUAGAGGAGGCAGGUGGAUUGUGCUUAGAUCAUCUUAUCUUAUGUUCUCUGUGUUUAUUUUAUUUUAUGUGUUCAUUUUUGUUAUUCAUUCUACAUGCCAUAGUUUUUCCGUCUUUGUUUGAUUAAGGUUUUCUUUCUUCUUUUCUUAAGGACUUGAAUGUUAUCAAACAUUCAACAUACACAUUAUAUAUUUUCUUUUCUUUAUUCUUUCAUUCAUCAAAGAUACACUGAGGUGUUUGUGUCAUCUGUGACCUCACUGAAAGAUAUGGAGAUCAAAAUGUAAAUAUCAGAAUAAAACAACAGCUGAAGAACAGAGGAUGGUGAUGAUGAAGAGUGCUGGGAGUUCUUCAUGUAGUGUGUUUAAUCAUAGACAUACUCUGUGGAUUUAUAUAGAAUUAAAAAUACUGUACAGAAUUCUAAAUUCUCUGCAACAAAUUUCUAUGCAAAUUUUUGGCACAAUUUCUUACAGAAAACAUAACAAGUGGGGAUCAAAACUCGAAGGAAAAUAAAUCUGUUUUUAAAAUGUAUUUUAAAAAUUAUAUUUCUGUCUCUCUCUCUAUAUAUAUAGAUAGAUAGAUUCUGUAUAUAAUUAAAAAAAAUAUUAUAGUUACACACACACACACAUGUAUAUAAAACACUGAAACAUUAUAACAUUCAAUAGAUUAUGAAAUUUUUCUGUUACUUUUUAAAAUUCUAAAACUGUUUAUUUCCAGGUUUAAGUUUGAUUUUGAAAAUUGCAGAUUCUCAUUUCCACUGGUUUUACACAUUGUAUCAUGUUUAAUGUUUUUACCCAUGUUUAAAUCCAUGUUUUCUCCAAAAUCUGCACAGAAAUGUGCAAAGACUGCAUCUUCAGUCUGGGUCUGUUCGUAGGUUACUCUACCUCACAGUGUGUGAUGCUUUAGGUUUUUUAUGAUGUCAUGUCAUGUCAUGUCAUGUUUUUUUUUUUUUUUUUUUUUUUUUUUUUUUUUUUUUUUUUUUUAUAAGAAUCAUCUGUCGUUUCAGUUUGAAAGAAGACCCGUGUGUGUGUGUGUGUGUGUGUGUGUGUGUGUGUGUGUGUGUGUGUCACCUGAAUGUACUGAUUGUGUGAAUGUGUGUCAGGUGAGUGUCUGCUCUCUGGUCAUAAACUGAUCUGAGAUCUGCAUCAUGAGAAGCUCUCUGCGAGCGUCACAGACUCUGGUAGGACGUUACUCGCGAGUGUGUAGUUAAGGAUCUCCCUUUAAGUGAAAUUUGUGCCUCUGAGUAAUUAAAAUAAAAGCACUACACUAUG